AUGGUUGAGUCUUCUAGUUUCCCAUUUCUAAAGCUUCCAUUCCUAGCUAUCCAAAAUGUUGUACAUUGUAUGAGCUGCACCGAAAUAACCGAACUCUCCCUGUGCUCUCGUAGAUCAAAACGGUUAAUGCAAAGCAUUCGACACCCAGGACUCACUCGUAUUGAAAUAACUAUUGAUCGACUUCGUAUGUAUAUCGCACUUCUGAAAGGACUUGAAAUCUGUUCAAUUUGGAGCGUGACAAAAGAGUUAUUCUCGACAACAGAUUAUCGUGAAGACGUUAUUGAUAAGGUUUCCAUUCGAAUUCUACGUCUUGGAAACUCCAACUUUCAAAUCGAUGCACCAACUCAACCGGAGAAAGCAAUAAAAGCUCUUGUAGAUCACAUGAAAGACGUGUUCAAACUACCGCUUACAGUGAUGUUCGAGCCAUUUGGAUUAGAGAAUUAUCGCAGAUUUCUUCCCAUUUUUCCAGUUUGUUAUCGUUUGUAUGUGUACAGUUCUGAUAAGAUAUCAGAAGAAGAAUUGCAGUUCAUCAAAGAUAAUGUGGUUGUAGAGUGGCAGGCUGAAUUUUACAAAUCAAAGAAAAUUGAGCUCUCUCUGUGCUCCCGUAGAUCAAAACGAUUAAUGCAAAGCAUCCGACACCCAGAGCCCACCCACAUUGAAAUAAUUAUUGAUCAAUAUCGUAUGUAUGUUGCACUUCGGAAUGGAAUCAAACAAUGUUUAUUCUGGUCAAUCAGAACGGAAUCGCAUAUAAAAUAUAACCGAGUUGAUACUAUUGAAAACGUUCGUGUUCGAGUUUUGAAACUCACUGGACCAAAUUUCAUGAUCGAUGGUACUCACGAGCCAGAAACAGUUCUAAAAGCUCUCGUGGAUCACUUGAAAGAUGUAUUCAAAGUUCCUCUCGAAGUGAAUUUUAAACCAUAUAAAAUGGAGAAUUUCUUCAGAUUUCUCCCCGUUUUUCCAGUCUGCAAACAACAUGUUGCACCCAAUCGAGUUCCCAACUUCGAUGAGAACGACAACAAACUGAAGUCUUCCUCGGAAAUCACACCGCCGCCGACGAAAAAAAUGAAGACGGAGGAGGCUCCGCCCCCCACUCAGCCGCCACUCAUCAAAAUGUUGAUUAGUUUCAAGAGAGAGCGUCAGGGAUUCCGUAUCAAAAAAGUGGAAACGACAAUAUACAACGAAGUGGUGAACGGACAGUGGAAACCGCUGCUCCAGACGUGGAAAAGCUCGAUUGGAAUCUAUUCGGAGCCGAAAUACCCAAUCCGACCGCCAAAACGAGCCAUCAGUGAAGACGACGGAAAACCGAAAAUACCGAAACUGAAAUUGAUAAAAAAUGCGGAUAAUAAUUACUCGAAAGUCUCUUGA